UCUGAAUCGUUGGUCGAAAGAAAGAGCCAUAACAUGCAGAGCAGCAAUGGCAGAACAGGGGAUGAGGUGGUUCCUCUGUUGCAGAACCAAUCAUCAAUAAAAGAAAGUGAAAAUGGUGAUGAUCAUCAUCAUCAAGAGGAGGAAGAUCUAUGGAAAAGGGUUUGGAUUGAAUCAAAGAAGUUAUGGAUCAUCGUGGGUCCUGCCAUCUUCAGCCGUGUCUCCUCCUUUUCUAUGAACGUCAUCACCCAAGCCUUCGCCGGCCAUCUCGGUGAUCUCGAGCUCGCUGCCAUCUCCAUUGCCAAUAACGUCAUUAUUGGCUUCAACUUUGGUCUUUUGUUAGGAAUGGCUAGUGCAUUGGAGACGUUAUGUGGGCAGGCAUUUGGGGCUAAGAAGUACCACAUGAUGGGAAUCUAUAUGCAACGAUCAUGGAUUGUUCUCUUCCUCUGCUCUGUUCUGUUACUUCCCAUGUACGUUUUUGCUACUCCAAUUCUGAAAUGGAUGGGACAACCGGACGAUGUGGCGGAGCUGUCAGGUCUGGUGGCGAUUUGGCUUAUCCCUCUCCACUUCAGCUUUGCGUUCCUAUUCCCUCUUCAGAGGUUCUUGCAGUGCCAGAUUAAGACUCUUGUGAUUGCUUGGGUUUCUUUGGUGGGUCUAAUAGUUCAUAUCUUUGUGAGUUGGCUUUUUGUGUUUGGACUGAAAUUAGGCUUGUUUGGAGCUGCUAUUACUCUCAAUUUUUCUUGGUGGGUUUUGGUUUUUGGGUUAUUUGGUUACACUGUUUGUGGUGGGUGUCCUCUCACUUGGAGUGGUUUCUCCAUUGAAGCCUUCUCUGGUCUUUGGGAGUUCCUCAAACUCUCUGCAGCUUCAGGGGUUAUGCUCUGCUUGGAGAAUUGGUAUUAUAGAAUAUUAUUAUUGAUGACAGGAAAUCUCAGGAACGCAAAAAUUGCAGUAGAUGCUUUGUCCAUCUGUAUGACCAUUACUGGGUGGGAGAUGAUGAUUCCAUUGGCGUUCUUCGCUGCAACUGGAGUAAGGGUAGCAAACGAGCUCGGAGCAGGCAAUGGGAAAGGAGCUAAGUUUGCAACAAUUGUAUCGGUGGCGACAUCCAUAGUAAUCGGUCUCAUAUUUUGUGUCUUAAUUAUGAUAUUCCAUAGCGAGUUUUUUAUCAUUUUUACGUCCAGCGAAGAUGUCAUUACUGCUGUCAACAAGCUUUCCGUCCUCUUAGCCUUCACCAUCCUCCUUAAUAGUGUUCAACCGGUUCUCUCCGGAGUUGCUGUUGGAUCUGGAUGGCAAGCAUUCGUGGCCUACAUAAAUUUGGGUUGCUAUUACAUCAUUGGGGUCCCAAUCGGAUGUUUAUUGGGGUGGUACUUUAAUCUUGGAGCCAAGGGAAUUUGGUCCCGAAUGAUUGGUGGAACUGGCAUCCAAACAUUGAUAUUGGCCAUCAUCACCAUUCGUUGUGACUGGGAAAAUGAGGCCAAGAAAGCAACCUUGACGGUAGAGAAAUGGGCGAAUGAGGAUGUUUCGGACGGUGAAAAUCAAAUCACAGAGAAAUGAAUACUAAACUUACUACCACUUCAUCAAUCUAUAAAUUAUCAAAGAAGGGAUGAUACGGAAUUUA